CGGAGAGGGAGAGAGAGAGAGUGACAGAGAGCGGACGACGACGAGGGGGCGAUGGCGAGCGAGCGGACCGACAGCCUGGAGGGGUGGGUCGCCGUCAAGGACGACCUGUUCGACGAGGCCGAGAAGUUCCGCCUGGGCUUCCUGGCCGCCUGGAACGAGGCGGAAGGCAAGUUCGCGGUGACCUGCCACAACCGGACCCUCCAGCGGCAGAGGGACGCACCCGAGCCCGAGGCUCGGGCCCAGACCAGCUGGGCCGGGCUCUACACGCCGCUGGACCUGCGCAACCUGCACCGGCACUGGGUGGCCGUCAGCGGCGGGGCCCUGGAGCCCUGCUUCCCGGCUCUGCCCGAGCUGAGGCCCCGAGGCCUGUGGGGCCUGCUCUUCCCCGGGCGGCCGCUGCCCGAGGAGGCGGCGGAGGCGGCGGAGGCGGGCGGCCCGGGCCCGGCCGCCGGCCUGGAGGGGGUCUGCCGCCGGCUGGAGCUGUACCUGGGCGCCGCCGUCGACCUGUGCGGCCGGAAGGUCGUCCUCGACUCGCUCUUCUCCUCGGCCGACGCCGACCACGACGAGUACUUCGAGAACCUGCACGAGUUCCGCAAGAGGGGCCUCGAGGGGCAAGUGGCCCGGGGCCGGGACAGCCUGAGGAGGGUCCUUCACCAGCAUAACACUGCUAAAGACAUGGUGACUCUCAGAAGGAUAUAUCAAGAAGAAGAUGACGCUUACCAGGAGCUGGUGACUGUGGCGAUGCAGUAUUACCAGUACUUACUGCAACCGUUCCGGGACAUGCGGGAGUUUGCUCUACUGUACAAACAGGAAAUCUUGAAAUCUUUAGAGUUCGACGACUUGGGUCCCAAGAGGAUAGAAAGCCUGCAGAGAAAGGCAGCACAGUGGUCCAAGCAGGUGAAGGAGGCAGUCUGCUCCAUCCAGGAUAUAACAGUGGAUUACUUUAAAGAAACCGUCAAAGCACUGACAGCCAUGCAGAAACAGAUGGAGCAAGAUCGCAAGCGCUUUGGCAAAGCUGCCUGGGCUGCUGUGGUCCCCAGACUGGAGAAACUGAAGUUUAUGCUCGUGAAGGAAACACUGCAGUACAUGAGAGCGAAGGAACUCUGCCUUAACCGCGAGAAAGGAGGGAUUCGGAGCAAGAUGGAGUGCCUUGACCAGGUGGAAACCACUGAGGCAGUGGACAUGUUAGAGAUGCGAUAUUACCAGACGCAGUUGGAGUUGUAUGGUGUACAGUUGGAAGUGUUGAAGUUUGAGGACCAGCUUCUUGUCGUGCAACUGGACACCAUUCGGCGACAGAUCAAUGAAAAAGAGGACGAGGUGGUUUAUUACGACACGUACGAGGACCCUGAGGAGCUGCAGGUCACUGGUGGUUUGGGGCUGUCACACGACACUCGCUCAAAUGAAAUUAAGAAGCUGCAGCUCAAGACUCACCAGCUGGAGGUCAAACGAGGCCGCAUCUGUGCAAGACGAUCCUAUCUGAGAAACAAGCGGGAUCAGUGCGAGGAGUCUCAGAAACUGAAAGAGCAACAACAUCAAAUGAACCAAGCAAACUACCACCAGCACCACAGUAUUCAGCUGAAACGAGAUGAGAAGAAAGAGGAAAAUAAAAAGAAGAGGGAAUUUGUCAACCAGGAGCGCCAGAAGACCUUGGAGAGGCUGCGAAUGUUCAAGCAGAAAUCAUCUGGGCACGUUGUCUUUAAACCUCCUCGUUGCCAGAGUCUCAGCGUGCAAAAGCAAGACGUGUCUUCCACUGAGAACUACUGGGUGUCCGAGCCGUCAGAGCAACCGUUGUCCAUCAUUGAUUAUUCUCCCGCACAACCUCACCACCAAAAGCCAGCCAGAACCAAGGCUUCAAAGAAAAACUCUAAAGAUCCCAAUGAAUUCUCAGUCCAGAUCUCUCUCCCAGCAACUGCUACCACCUGUCCAGGCCUGACUGCAAACCAAGUGGCUCCUGUAGCAAUACCUCCCCCUCCUCCUCCGCCUCCCCCUCCCCCACCGCCUUUGCCUCUGCCUCGCACAAUUCUGGACAAGAAGAUCAGUACAGCAGACAAUGAUCAACCUCAACCCCUGAUCUCAGUCGAAAAAUCCCCAAAAGCAAAUCUAGGAUCGAUGGACGCUGUCUUGGCUUCUUUGAAAUGCGGCCAAAGUUUACUUAAAAAAGUGGAUCUGUCGCAGCAGCCAGCCUUGGACAAACCCAAAGAUAUGAGGGAUAACUUGCUGACCGCUAUUCGUCAAGGGGUCCAAUUGCGGAAGGUCAAGUUGGACCCCAACCAGCGCUCGUGCAGCAAUCCAGCCAACGAUCUGGAGCGCAGCAUCAAGGCAGCUAUGGCACGGAUGAAGAAAGUGUCUCCUGAUUCAGACAGCGAGGAGCAAGAUGAGUAUCGGACUGGCGAGUGGGACAGCUGACCCCACGCUCCACUGCCCCCGAACACUAUCUGGAACAUACUCCGAGGUUUUCCAGGACCUGUUCUUAUUUUUUUCCCCUUUAGAAUCUGAUUCAGUUGAAAAGGGGAACUCUCUCCUGGAAGGAAAAUAUGACCAGUUUAAAACAGUGGCCAGAUCUUCUGCCUUGUGAUCUCACCGUGCACUAAAGAACGUUGCGUUGGUUUUAGUUGUAGGAUAAAGACUUUAUUUUUUUAAAACAGGCCACAAGAGGAGCGUGUCCGUACAUAUUGUGUGCACACAGGUAGCGCUGUGCAGUGCACAAUGAAAUAAAACCGUAUUGUGGCAGUUCAAAUCAUGUGAUACAAUAGCGUACUGAUUUGAUCAUGGGUUUGACUCCUGCUGCUAGGAAACAGAUCUUGCCAAAGUCUGAACAGGCUUCGUCUGCCUCCUCUUAUCCCUUUCAUCUCCCCAUCCUACCUUGAAAACUGCGCGCCUAUGCAUGUAUGUAUACGUGCGUGCAGUUUGCUUGAUCUGGUGAUUCCAAUGAACGCUGCACUAUAUUGAAGGAUGGUGUCCUGACCAUUAUUGCUCCUUCAUCCAAGAUCACCCCUGACAAAAACAGUUGUCCAUCUCACGACAACAACAACAAAGUGACAUUUGUAAUGCACCUUUCACGUCGGGAGGACGUUCCAAGGCUGGACAGACAGAGUUACGGACCCAAGUUACGUGUUUGCUAACAAAACGACAGUCACUGCACUUCAGAUUAAUGUUUAAGUAAAGCUCACUGUAGCAACUUGUUUAUUAUUAUUAAUGAAUAAAAAUUAGACUCUUUGUUCCUCAGAGUAUGACUUUUCUGAAGGACCGGUUGCAUAAAUGAAGUAAAAGAAGCCUUAAGAUCUCUACAGCACCUCAGAGACAGCGUAGAAUCAAUCGGAUACGUAGAAUGUCUCGUAUAAAAGAUGAGCAAGUGAAAAUUCACACAUCGUGAUGAAUAUGUAAACGGUUGUGUUGGGUGCAGAGGUUUUGCCUUGGCCUGAAGCUUUCCUCCCUCCCACAUGUGAGGCAGGGGCUUGUGUUAAUGAUGCAGUGUUGAGACUCGGAGCAGCUACUGCUUUUAGGCAAGCUUCUGGGAAACUGCUCACAAUUGCAAACUCUCUCUUUUAUUUGCACAACCUUCUAAGUGAAAUUGACAGACAAUAACAACAAAUUACGUUUGCAUAUCGCUUUCACGGCGAGAGGAUGUCGUAUUUUUCUGCGAGAUUGAUUUUCAUUGCGUUCUAACACUUUAAAGUUAAUCGCCAAGGAGUUACGGGCUCGAUUUCCAAGGGCUAUGCUGAUGCCUGAAAUGCUAUGAAUGGCAAUAAAAUAUUCUGAGCAUUAUUGUAAUAUAUAUAUACAUUUGUCUAUCUUUUUGUGAAUCAAUAAUCUUGUAACGGGAUUGGUGUUUUGCUAAAUCUCUGAAGGAGUGAAUAUGGACAUUAAAGUAUAUUUUAUUUAUUUUAAAACUCCA